AUGUCGUUUCUUUCUCGUAUCCUAGUGCUUGUUGGGGUCUUAUCUCUACUCCAUGCGGCCUACUCCGCCCAUGAAUUCUCAACCAUGUCCACCAAACUACACAAAAACCCCACCUUACCACUCGACAUCAAACUGGAAACUCUGAUCUCAAUCCUGCUUUCAAGUUUUGGCCUUGUGCUAGGAUCCGACCCCCUAAAGCCUGUCAGUUGGAAUGCGUGGGCUGGAAAGCUAGAGAAAGAUGGUGGACUCAAUCCAUUCCGCGGCCUGGAGGAACGAGUUAGUUUCAUGGACAUCAGAGCUCAGCGCAAGGAGUUUGCAGACUGGGCUCGUCAGAAUGCUUCGAGGAGUUGA